CGCUACAUAUAUCUCGGACUCCCAUUAGAAAUGAAUUUUGCCAAUUUUUGCAUGCAGAGAAAAAAAGGAGAAAAAAAAAGAGAAAAAUCUGCAUCAUCCCCUUUCCCAUGCAUGAGCGGGAACCCGAACGCCUUCCCUUCUCUCCUUCCAAGAUUCUUGAAACCCUCCCUCUUCUCUUCCACACACAGUCCAAGAAAAUCAAGAAACCACCCGAUUCAAGUUCCAGAACCCACCUCCGACGAGAUCAUCCAUGGCGUCGGCCAUCAAGAAACCGAUGUUCUCGGCCACUUCCGCCGCAGCGACCCUAGCAUUCUUCUUCUCCCUCUUCGGGCUCUCCUCCCCGGACCUGGCCCUCCCGACGACCUCGUUCUUCGGCGGCGGCCGCUGGUCCCUCCUCCGCCCCAGCAUCGGCCUCUCGGCCAUGCACAUGCAGGUCCUCCGCGACGGCACGGUCGUCAUCUUCGACCGCACCGACUUCGGCCCUUCCAACCUGUCCCUCCCCCGCGGCAGGUGCCGCCGCGACCCGGCUGACGUCGCCCUCAAGGUCGAUUGCACCGCGCACGCCCUCCUCUACGACGUCGAGUACAACUCCAUCCGCCCGCUCACCGUCCAGACCGACACGUGGUGCUCCUCCGGCACUGUCCGCCCCGACGGGACCCUCUUGCAGACCGGCGGGUACAACGACGGCGAGCGGAAGGUGCGGAUGUUCGCGCCGUGCCUUGGCCGCAGGGGCAAUUCCUGCGACUGGACGGAGCUCGAGGAAACCCUGGUCGAGCGAAGGUGGUACGCGUCGAACCACAUAUUGCCCGACGGGCGCGUGAUCAUCGUCGGAGGGCGAAACGUGUUCACGUACGAGUUCUUCCCCAAGACCUCCGCUACGGAGAAGAGCUUCUAUCUCAAGUUCUUGAAAGAGACGAGGGAUUUGAGAGAAGAGAACAAUCUGUACCCGUUCCUGCACUUGUUGCCCGACGGCAAUCUCUUCAUUUUCGCCAACAAACGGUCCAUUUUGUUCGAUUAUAAGAAAAGCCGGGUCAUCAAGGAGUACCCGGUCAUACCCGGAUCUGACAAGAGGAAUUACCCGAGCACCGGGUCGUCGGUGCUGCUCCCGAUGCGGCUGGGAGGGAGGUCCGCGAUGCCGGCGGCGGAGGUGAUGAUAUGCGGUGGUUCGCCACCAGGCGCGUUCACCAAGUCCGACAAGCUCCGGGUGUUCGUGGAGGCCUCGCGGUCCUGCGGGCGGCUCCGAGUGUCCGACCCGAAUCCGGAGUGGACAAUGGAGCAAAUGCCGAUGCCUCGUGUCAUGUCCGACAUGCUGCUCCUGCCGAACGGCCAUGUGCUGAUGAUCAACGGCGCGACAAACGGAACCGCCGGGUGGGAGGACGGAAGGAACGCGGUGUACAACCCGGUCCUCUACCUGCCGGAUGGCCCCGGCCUAGCCCGGAGGUUCGAGGUCCUGAACCCGGCCCGGAUCCCUCGCAUGUACCACUCGACUGCGGUCGUGGUGCCAGACGGAAGGGUCCUAGUCGGCGGGAGCAACCCGCACAGCAAGUACAACUUCACGGCCUACCCGUACCCGACCGACCUCAGCCUUGAGGCCUUCUAUCCGCCGUACCUCAGCCCGCAAUUCGCCAUCCUGAGGCCGUCCAUACUAUCUCUCGAGGCCGCGGAGCAAACGGUUUUGUAUUCAGAGCGGUUCUCCGUUAACUUCGUCGUGACCAUGUACCGGCCGAGGCGCGGGCUCUCGGUCGGGCUCUUGGCCCCGCCCUUCACGACCCACUCUUUCGCGAUGAACCAAAGGCUCCUGUGGCUGGAUGUGCUGAGCGUGGUCCGCUUGUCGAGCUUCGCUUACAGGAUCACGGUGGCCGCGCCGCCGAGCGCCACAGUGGCGCCGCCGGGGUACUACAUGCUGUUUGUCGUCCACGCAGAGAUCCCGAGCCGCGGCAUUUGGGUGAGGGUCCGGUGAAGGGUCCGGACUCUCUCAUGUAAUUAGCUGGUGCAGAGUAUUAUUAGCUAGGCAAUUCUUGUAAAUUUCUUCUUCUCCUUCUUCUUUCGCCUUGGAGGGCGAUAUAGAAUUCAACUCAAAUUCAAUUCCAUGUGAUUCACAGGUUCUGAAUUUUUUGCCCUUGACGGGUUCAACCUGUCAUGUAAUGUAACAAGAUCUUAGAGAAGGAGCAGUGGAAUUUGUUAUGUUGGCACCA